CGCACCCCUUGUACAUAGAAUGUUUGUUGUGGCGCUGGCAUCGCGAAAUGGCGGGCCUGUUGCCCUCAAGCAUGAAGUCCAUGAGGUUCACAAAUGCAACCUUGAGACAACAACGGCUAAGAUACUCUAUGCUAUGUGUGCUGGCAGUUUGCUUCAGCUGCCAUGGAAAUCGCCCAAGUCCAGGUCCCUACAAAAAGGCCAUGCCGUGUGCGGUUGGUGCAACUGACAAUCCAAGGAGGCAAGUGCUUGGUGCCAGAGAUGAGUUCGACAUCGAGGAUGAUCGACCGGUGAGAUCACCAGGGACCGCGACAUCUUCGUCGGCUAGAGAAGGCGCACUUCCAGAGAGACGGCGGAACAUUCGCACGCCCCCCGUGGUGGAGGACAUCAUCGCUGGUGCCCUCGUUGGUGCUGUCACCGGGGCUGCAGCGGGUGCUGGCAGUGGCGCAGCGUUGGGUGGUGCUGGGACCAAUGGCCUUGCAGGAGCAGCCGGUGGUGCCGCCUCAGGAGCGGCACUGGGCCUUGCAAGCGGAGCCUUUGCCGGAGCGGCGCUGGCCACAGCGAAUCCCGAUGUUGCUGCUGCAGGAGUUGGUGCUGCAGGCAUCGGUGCUGCUGCUGGUGUGGUAGCCGUUUUAAAUAGGGUCCAGAUACGGGACCAAUACGCUCAAUGGCCUCCCCCACCUGUCGUGCCUCAAUUUGCGGACAGACCUGCCAUGGUCCCUCCUUCCAUAGAAAAUGUGAUUCCUCAGGCACCCGCAAGUAGACAAGAAGAGGUUCGAGAUGACACUCCACCUCCUCCCGAGUCCAAAGAGGCAGACACGGCCAAAUCAGGUGAGGUAGUGCAAGAAACACCUCCUUCUACAAGUUCCACACCGGAGAGUCACAAGAGCGAUGAGCACAAGACUGGUCAGGCACAUAGGCAGCCAUGGAAGCGAGCAAGUGCUGUCAGUCUUCGGCGGGCAAACAACAUGCUUUCGGCAGAGAUUGAAGCGAAGAGUGGCGAGGUAGUUGCCAAGGGUCUCGAUGAUCUUGGCAUCUUGCUUUCCCAGCUUCAGCAGCUUCAGGCAGCCUGUCAGGCGGCCAUAGCGCAGGCGACAGAAAAGACCAUUCAGAGGGCCAGGCCCGUGAGGGAAGACUAUUGUAGCAAGGUAUGCAAUGAUCUAAUACUGACUCCUUUCAGGAUUGGUUUCCAAUGUUCUUCUGAGUUGGUGGGAUACUUUGCACCCUGAGGAGUCUUGGAUUGAAGGCCAAGGCGCGAGACGAUGUUGAUGAUGGGUGAAGCCCAGGUGAAGCGCAUGAUGCUCGACCGAAAAGCGCUCCAAGAUUCUCUAGCUUUGCAAAGACCUGUUUCUUCCUCGAUUCUUGGUCCAACCUGCCCCGCGGCGGGAGCGCACUUCCCGACGGUAUAUGGUCGUCGACUCUCUGCAGCUUUUUACCUCAAGCGGGCUUUGGAUGAUGGUCC